CCCCCGGCGACCCAAGAUGUCGGAGGUGCUGCCCUACAGCGAGGAGAAGCUGGGGCCCUACGGCGACGGGGCGGACGUGGGGCAGAUCUCCUUCACCUGCCGCCUGCAGGACACGAACAACUUCUACGCGGGGGGGCAGAACAAGCGGGCCCCCAAGCUGGGCCAGAUCGGCAGGAGCAAGUGUGUUGUGAUCGAAGACGACCGGAUCGAUGACGUGCUCAAAAACAUUUCCGAAAAGCCACCUCCGGGCGUUUAAAUCUCUGCACCCUUGAG